AUGCUGAAUGGGAAAUUGGAGAUGUGGCUGCAUCCUGGGGAAGCAGAUAUGCAGUUGAGAAGAUUAAACUUUCUCGAAAGCAUAAACAUUGCUAUUGAUGUGGCUUCUGCAUUGCUUUAUCUGCAUCGUCACUGCCAAAUCUCUGUGGUUGAUUUCGAUCCAAAGCCAAGCAAUGUUCUCCUUGAUAAUUAUCUGAUUGCUCAUGUUAGUGAAUAUGGUUUGGUAAGGCUCUUUUCAAAAUCUGGUAAGGAAGCUUUUCUGAAUGAGUUCAGCUCAGUUGGAGUGGAGGGAACCAUUGGUUAUGCUGCACCAGAAGAAUUUAGACGCUUCAUAGAUGACAUAAACCUUCACAACUUCAUCGAACUUUCAUUGCCAGAUCAAGCAAUAGAGAUUGCAGAUCAGUCAGUUCCCUUCGUUAAGAAGUAG